AUGAGGCGCCCCCCCAGCAAUGGAGAGGCAGCCAGCGAAGGUCCAGGUGGCUGGGGCCUAUGGGAAGUCCAGGAGUCCAGGAGGCUGUGCUGUGCUGGUCCCGACCACUGCGGGCAGGCCUUGCUGCAGAUUGGGAUAAACAUGAUGGCGCUGCCUGGAGGCCACCAUCUGGACUCCACCCCCCUGCCGGGGCAGCAGCUGCAUCUAAUGCAGGUGGACUCGGUCCAGCGCUGGAUGGAGGACCUGAAGCUCAUGACUGAGUGCGAGUGCAUGUGCGUCCUGCAGGCCAAGCCCAUCAGCCUAGAGGAGGAUGCGCAGGGUGACCUCAUCCUGGCAGGCGGCGCGGGCCCUGGAGAUCCCCUGCAGCUGCUGCUCAGGCGGGGCUGGGUCAUCAGCACCGAGCUGCGCAGGAUUGGGCAGAAGCUGGCCCAGGACCGCUGGGCUCGCGUGCAUAACAUGAGCGUCCGGCUGACCUGCCAUGCUCGCUCCAUGGUCAGCGAGUAUAGUGCUGUCAGCAGGAGCUCCUCGCAGGAAAUGUGCCAGGUUGAGAAGCUGCUAAUGGAGAAAUGCAAUGAGCUCUCAGCAGUCACAGAGAGGUGCCUCCAGGUUGAGAAUGAGCACGUCCUGAAGUCGAUGAAAGCCUGCGUGAGUGAGACCCUGAGCACGCUGGGCCAGCACUUUGGCCAACUACUGGAGCUGGCUCUAACACGGGAGGUACAGGCACUGGUGAGAAAAAUUGAUGCCUCGGACAACAUCUACACCACCGAGUCCACCACAGGGAAUCUGUUCAGCCUGACCCAGGAGGGGGCUCCUUUGUGCCGCAUCAUAGCCAAGGAGGGUGGGGUUGUCGCACUCUUCAAGGUUUGUCGGCAGGACAGUUUCCGGUGCUUGUACCCCCAGGCGCUCCGCACACUGGCCUCCAUCUGCUGUGUGGAAGAAGGUGUUCACCAGCUGGAGAAGGUGGACGGUGUUCUGUGCUUGGCUGACAUCCUGACUGACAACAGCCACUCAGAGGCCACACGAGCUGAGGCUGCGGCUGUGGUGGCCCAGGUCACCUCCCCACACCUGCCCUUCACCCAGCACCUCAGUAGCUUCCUGGAGAGCAUGGAGGAGAUCGUCACAGCCCUGCUCAAACUGUGCCAAGAGGCCUCAUCCGGGGAAGUCUUCCUGCUGGCCUCUGCGGCCCUUGCCAACAUCACUUUCUUUGACACAAUGGCCUGUGAGAUGCUCCUGCAGCUGAACGCCAUCCGUGUCCUCCUGGAAGCCUGCAGCGACAAGCAGAGAGUGGACACGCCUUACACCCGGGACCAGAUUGUGACCAUCUUGGCAAACAUGUCUGUGCUAGAGCAGUGUGCCUCUGACAUCAUUCAGGAGAAUGGGGUCCAGCUUAUCAUGGACAUGUUGUCUGAGAAGCCACGAUCUGGGACCCCUGCCGAGGUGGCGGCUUGUGAGCGAGUCCAGCAGAAAGCUGCAGUGACCCUGGCCCGUCUCAGCAGAGACCCAGCUGUGGCACGGGAGGCUGUGCGGCUCAGCUGUAUGUCACGCCUCAUCGAGCUCUGCAGGUCCCCGUCAGAGAGGAAUAGCAGCGAUGCUGUGCUUGUGGCCUGCCUGGCUGCUCUGCGGAGACUGGCCGGAGUCUGCCCUGAAGGCCUCCAGGACUCUGACUUCCAGCAGCUGGUCCAGCCCCGGCUUGUGGACUCCUUCUUACUCUGCAGCAACAUGGAGGAGAGUUUCGUGUAG